AUGGCAGUCAAUCCGAAAAGAAAAUCGUAUUCACCGAGCUUCAGGGAAGCAGAGACCAGUAGUAAAAAGAAAUCUUUGAAGAGUCGCGAGGAGGAAGAAUUUGCAUAUCUUCUGGAAGGAGAAGAUUUUAACCUCGAAGAGGGUAUACGUGUUCUGUUGCGUUUACAUCUCUCUAUGAAUUCUAAGGUCGACCAACUUAUUUCUAGGUUAAAUUAUGUAUCCGAAUGGUUAAAAAAUUUGGAUGAAGGUUUGGCUGACUUAGAUAUUAGAUUAGAAACAUUAGAAAAAUUGGUUGAUAAAAACUGUAGUUUAAGUGAUCAAAGUAAUGUUACGAAAAAGUUUAAUGAUAUUACUCGCGAACUUGAUUUUUUGGAUGGUCAACGACGAAUAAAUAAUGUUGUCAUUUCCGGUUUGGAGGAGAUUCGGGAUGAAUCUUCCGUAGAAACUAAAGAGAAAAUAAUUGAAUUUGCUUCACGUGUUUUACAAAUGCCCGAUAUUAAAAUCGGUAGGGCAAUGAGAGUUGGAAAGAAAAAAGCUAAUUCCCCAAGACUGAUUAUUUGUACUUUUGUUGAUUAUUAUGAAAAAAUGUACUUUAAGAAACGAGUUUUGGAGUUAAAACCGGAUGGUGUNUAA